CAGCCUGAGCCCGAGGCGACGCGAGCCAGCGGAGCAGCCGAGGCCGCCACCGGUCCCCGCGCCGCCCCUGCGCCCCUGCUUGCGGGCGAGGCCCGGGAGCGCGGGGCCAGCCGGGGCCGGCCGGUGGGCAGCGGCGCCAUGGCCGCGCCAGAGGCCCUGCGGCCGCGCCUGUGCCGCUUGGUGCGCGGCGAGCAGGGCUACGGCUUCCACCUGCAUGGCGAGAAGGGCCGUCGCGGGCAGUUCAUCCGGCGCGUGGAGCCCGGCUCCCCCGCCGAGGCGGCCGCGCUGCGCGCCGGGGACCGCCUGGUCGAGGUCAACGGCGUCAACGUGGAGGGCGAGACGCACCACCAGGUGGUGCAGAGGAUCAGGGCUGUGGAGGGGCGCACGCAGCUGCUGGUGGUGGACAAGGACACCGAUGAGGAGCUGCGCCGGCGGCAGCUGACCUGCACCGAGGAGAUGGCCCAGCGGGGCCUCCCGCCAGCCCACAACCCCUGGGAGCCCAAGCCGGACUGGGCAUGUGCGGGCAGCCUGGGCUCUGAUGCUGGCAAGAAGGAUGUCAAUGGGUCCCCAAGGGAGCUGCGCCCUCGGCUCUGCCAUCUGCGAAAGGGACCUCAGGGCUAUGGGUUCAACCUGCACAGUGACAAGUCCCGGCCCGGCCAGUACAUCCGCUCCGUGGACCCAGGCUCACCUGCUGCCCACUCUGGCCUCCGUGCCCAGGACCGACUCAUUGAGGUGAAUGGGCAGAAUGUGGAGGGGCUGCGCCACGCUGAGGUCGUCGCCAGCAUCAAGGCGCGGGAGGACGAGGCCCGGCUGCUGGUGGUGGACCCUGAGACAGACGAGCAUUUCAAGCGGCUUCGGGUCACACCCACCUCGGAGCAUGUGGAAGGUCCACUGCCGUCACCAGUCACCAACGGGACCAGCCCUGCCCAGCUCAACGGGGGCUCGGCGUGCUCAUCCCGAAGUGACCUGCCCGGCUCGGACAAGGACACCGAGGACGGCAGUGCCUGGAAGCGAGACCCCUUCCAGGAGAGUGGCCUCCACCUGAGCCCCACGGCGGCCGAGGCCAAGGAGAAGGCUCGAGCCACACGCGUCAAUAAGCGGGCGCCACAGAUGGACUGGAACCGCAAGCGUGAGAUCUUCAGCAACUUCUGAGCACCCCCCGCCUGUACUUUGGGCCCCACCCAGAGCCUCAGUGGGCUGGAGGGUGGUCCCAUCACCACCCAGAAACAAACCUGUGCUCCCAUAAGCCCUCAUCCUGCCCCUGCCCGCUGGGUGUCGGGGGGGCCUGUUGUAGCAAGAUGGGGAGAGACAGAGAGGAGGAGAGGGAGAGACGGGGGGAGAGAAAGAGGAACAGAGAGGGACAGAGAGAGAGAAGCGGGUGGGGGUGCACAGAGCGGCGACCUGUGGGUUGAGGGCCUUUGCUGCUCUGCCCCAGGCCUGCUGACUGAAAGGAAUUUGUGUUUUUGCUUUUUUUCCAAAAAGAUUUCUAGCUCCACACAUGUUUCCACUUAAUACCAGAGGGGCCCUCCCCCCCCCCACUCCCCUUGGGACAUGCUCUCUAAAUAAUUGCAACAAAACAAACCUUUCCUUGCAAA